AUGUGGGCCGCAGUUGGCGGAGGGACGAAGACGCGAGCGAGUAGCAAGACCAAGGAGUCGGCACCGCCGGGAUACGCGAGACACGCGAGUCACGCGGGGAGCUGGUACACCGAUGACGCGGAGGAGCUGGGCGAGGAGAUGGAGGCGUGGCUGGCGGCCUCGGGAGUGUCGCCUGACGCCGCCGUGCGCGCCGUGAUUGCCCCCCCUACCCUUCCCUUAACCCGAUCAAUGCUCUCCGUCCGUCUCGUCUUAUCUUCUUCCUGUCGUCGCAUCUUCCUCCUGGGCCCAUCUCACCACCACUACACGCGCAAGUGUGUGCUGCCUCGCUCCACCUCCUUCCACACGCCUCUCGGUGCUCUACCCAUCGACAUGGAAGUGGUGGCAGAGUUGAGGGCAACGGGCGAGUUUGAGGAGAUGGGGCGGCAUGUGGACGAGGCAGAGCACUCGCUCGAGAUGCACGCGCCCUUCCUCGCCCACAUGUGCAAAGAUCACAAUGUGUCUUUGGUGCCAAUAAUGGUGGGUUCACUGGAUGCAGCAGCAGAGGCCAGAUACGGCAGCAUUCUCUCCAGAUACUUCUCCGAUUCCUCCAACUUCUUCUCAAUCUCGUCUGACUUCUGCCACUGGGGCUCCAGGUUCCGGUUCACGCCAUAUGACAAGGCACACGGCCCCAUCCACAAGGCCAUUGAGGCCAUGGACCGCGAGGGCAUGGCUGCCAUUGAAGGGGGAGGGGCCAAGGCCUUCCGUGACUAUAUCGAGCGCACGGGGAACACCGUUUGUGGGAGACACCCAAUUGGUGUGCUGCUGCAGGUGUGGAGGGAUGGGGGGAUUGGAUGGGUGGAAGGGUGUUGGCCUGGGUCGAAGGGUGUUUGCCUGGGUCGAAGGGUGUUGGGCUAUUGCCCGUGA